AUGACCAACAAAUCACAUUCAGAUCGUGAACGGUCAUCUUCAACAACGACGGCACCAUCGUCGUCGUCAUCAACAGAUCCUAAUAAUAAUAAUAACAAUAUAACAAAUAAUAAUGGUAAUAUGGGUGGCAGUAAUGGAAAUAUAUUAUUCGAUGAUGAUAGUGAUGUAGAGACAUAUGGAAGCAACGAUGCAAACAAGACGAGUAGGAAACCUUUUCAAAGAUUCGGUAUCAUAUUCUUGGCCGUGGCUAUUCUAAUGGGACUGGUACUCGUCACUGUGCCUGCUGCCCUCCUGCCCCACAUGGACACCUUCAACGAUGGCAUCCUCUUCCGUGUACUCUUUGGCGCCUUUGUCUUCUCUCUUCUCGCUUGUCUCUGGUCAGUCUACUAUCUAGGUGGAGAGACACAUGCAUGGGAGGACCCGACUGGAAACGACUUAACGUUUAACUUCUCAAAUGUGAUUGCAUUCAUUGGUAUUCUGAUUGAGUUCAUUCAAGUGUUCUCAUUCUCAUUCAAUCAACGUUCACAGUUUCUUGGUUCAGAGCCAUUGCAGAGGCUCAACUACUUGGCCAUCCCCUGGAACCCUGGCAGUGUAUUCAGAGUAAUGUACUGGGUGAUGUUUGUAACUGCCUUCACUCCCUACAUCUUCAUCAUCAGUAUACGUCUCUUCCUGCGAUACUACACAAUCAAAUAUGGCGAGAAUGAUACAAGUGAUUGGAUGUCAAAGUAUCAACAAAAGAUUUACUCAGUACUUUGGUUCCUUGUCAAUACGUUGUAUAUACCUGUGAUCUCAACGAUGUUUGGAGGCGUGGAUUGUACAUUCAAGGAUGGUUCGGUCAAGUGGGACUCUGACCCCUCAAUCGAGUCAUGUCUAAAGGGAGUGCACAUCGUCUUUAUCGUCUGUUCAAUGGUCGCAUUGAUUGUAUAUUAUCCAGCCGCCUCAUUCGCUCAAGCUCAGACACAGAACAUAUCCGACAUCAAAUUCAAACCAAAGAUUGUAUUCAUCUUCAUUCAGGGCAAGAUCAUACUUGCAGCAAUGGCCAUAUUCGCGACUCAAUACGAGACAGCAUACCUUCUGGUUGUUCUAGCCGUCGACAUCAUCUUCCUUUUCAUCAACAUUUACUUCUGGCCAUGUACAGUGUCCUGGAUUAAUCGUAUGAGGACAGUAUUCUUUUCAUUCUGUUGUAUAUCUACAAUCAGCUCACUGGUGGCUCUGUCGCACAAUGUAGCACGCUUUGUACCUUUGAUCAUUAUGCUGACAGGAUGGUUCAUUUUCUCAGUACUCUACGCUAUCUCUUACAAGUACAAUGUUACCCCUCCAUUCAUGUCAAAGAUCCAGUCAUUGCAGGCCAACAGCAACGCAGGCACAAAGUCAACGACAGCAUCAGCUCUGCCAAUGGACAGGAGACAA